AUGUCCAACUACUUGGAAAACUUCCUAAAAGCGACGAGCCAUCAUCUUGUGUAUUCGAGAUUACCCCAGAGGUUAUUAAGAAGUAGAAGGUUUUUUGGAGCUGUCCCUCCAUCCGGCUUGAGAAGGCGAGUUGUCAUUACGGGCAUUGGCUUAGUCACGCCUCUUGGUGUUGGGACGCAGCUGGUCUGGGACCGUCUUCUCCGAGGAGAGAGUGGAAUCGUGUCCCUGGUUGGUGAAGAGUUCAAGAGCCUCCCCUGCAGUGUGGCUGCGUAUGUACCCCGAGGUGGUAAUGAAGGCCAGUUCAAUGACCUAAACUUCGUGUCCAGUUCUGAUCUCAAGUCCAUGUCUUCUCCCACUGUGAUGGCCGUCAGUGCUGCAGAGUUAGCCCUGAAAGAUUCUGGCUGGUGUCCCCAGUCCGAAGCUGACCGGGUGGCCACCGGUGUUGCGAUUGGCAUGGGAAUGGUUCCUCUUGAAGUUGUCUCAGAAACGGCUUCGACGUUUCAGACAAAAGGCUACAACAAAGUCAGCCCGUUCUUUGUGCCCAAGAUUCUGAUCAAUAUGGCAGCAGGCCAGGUCAGCAUUCGCCAUCAACUCAAGGGCCCCAAUCACGCCGUCUCCACAGCCUGCACCACAGGAGCACAUGCUAUAGGAGAUUCUUUUCGCUUUAUAGCCCACGGCGAUGCUGAUGUGAUGGUGGCUGGCGGCACAGACUCAUGCAUUAGUCCCUUAUCUCUUGCCGGAUUCUCCAGAGCUCGAGCUCUGAGCACAAACCCUGAUCCUAAGCUAGCAUGUCGACCCUUUCAUCCUGAGAGAGAUGGUUUCGUGAUGGGAGAAGGAGCUGCGGUCCUUGUGCUGGAAGAACAGGAACAUGCUCUUCGAAGAGGGGCCCGAGUUUAUGCAGAAAUCCUGGGCUAUGGACUCUCAGGUGAUGCUGGUCACAUAACUGCCCCAGAUCUGGAGGGAGACGGCGCUUUCAGAUGCAUGGCUGCCGCUGUUAAAAAUGCUGGCAUACAAGCUGAAGAAAUAACUUAUAUUAAUGCCCAUGCGACUUCCACACCACUGGGAGAUGCUGCUGAAAACAGAGCUAUCAAGCGUCUUUUCAAGGACCAUGCUUAUGCCCUGGCCGUUUCUUCAACGAAAGGGGCUACCGGACAUCUGCUGGGAGCUGCGGGGGCUGUGGAGGCGGCUUUCACGGCUCUGGCUUGUUACCAUCGAAAACUGCCACCUACUUUAAACCUGGAGCGUAGAGAACCAGAGUUUGAUCUCAACUAUGUCCCCCUGAUAGCCCAGGACUGGAAAACUAAAAGAAGAUGUAUUGGGCUUACCAAUUCCUUUGGUUUUGGUGGAACGAACGCAACACUAUGUAUUGCUGGAGUGUAG